AUGAAGAAGAGGUUUGAGAUGACUUCCCUAAGGGAAAUGAUGAUGUUUUUGGGUUUGGAAGUAUGUCAAAUCUCAACCGGAAUUCUGCUGCACCAAGCAAAAUACGUUGAAGACAUGCUUGAGAGGUUCGAGUUUAAAGACACAAAAGCUGCCCUGACGUCGAUGGCUGAACGACCCCUGUUGUCUCCAUAUCCUACAGGCGAAUCCGUGGAUCAAACUGAGUACAUAUCGAUGAUCGAAUCCUUGAUGUAUCUAACUACGAGCAGGUCGGACAUCAUGUUCGCAGUUUGUCAGUGUGCACGAUACCAGGCUAAUCCUAAACUCUCUCAUCUUAAUGAUGUCAGAAGAAUCUUUAGGUAUCUCAAAGGCAUCCCAAAAUUGGGUCUUUGGCAUCUUAAAAAUCCUGAUUUUGAUUUAUAUGCAUUUGCUGACACCAAUUAUGGAGGUUGUAAACUUGAUAGGAAAUCAACGUAUGGGGGAUGUCAAUUUCUAGGUGAUCGUCUGGUGUCAUGGCAAUGCAAGAAACAACAGCUCGUCUCAUCUUCAACGGCAGAGGCAGAAUAUGUUAUUGCUUCUUCUUGUUGCUUUCAAGUCAUUUGGAUUCAACAUCAAUUAAUGGAUUACGGUUUGAACUUUCUAGAAACCCCAAUAUUCUAUGAUAACGAAGCUGCAAUCCAGAUUGCUAAAAAUCAUAUUGAUGACCAACCAAGGUUUCCAAUCGAGAUCGCAAUGGAACAAACGGAGGAGAUUAUUAAUCAAAUGGGCUAUGAAGGGACAUUUCCUCCAACAAUCAAAAAGCUAUUUCCACCCUACUGGAGGUUCCUAGCUCAUGUCUUCGUGAGCUGCAUCUCUAGACGAAGAACCGGGGCUGACGAAAUCUAA